GCUAGAAAUGGCCUUUUUAAUUCCAGCAUUGAUCAUGAUGCCACACCUAAUAGGUAACCGGCUUCCUCUCCCAUCCGUCCCCUCCAAUUCCAAUCAAAACCCUUUUCCUGAUCCUGAAGCCCACCAUGAAUCACCAAAAUUCAUUUCUAAUUCUCCUCUCAAUCGCCCUCACUUUUCUCAUCAUCAAGCUCGACGCAUCGGAACCAUCCAUAUACGACCGCCUGAAAUCCAACGGUCUUCCUAUGGGCCUUUUCCCCAAGGGCAUCACUGAUUAUUACGUGGACCCUGCUUCGGGCUUCUUUCAAAUCAACUUGACUCAGCCCUGUCACGCCAAGUUCGAGAAUCAACUCCACUACGAUUUUAAUGUGUCGGGGCAGUUGAGUGUUGGGAAGAUCGGAGAAUUAUCAGGUGUGAUGCAGCAAGAACUGUUUUUGUGGUUCCCCGUCAAGGGGAUACGUGUCGAUGUCCCGAGCUCUGGGUUAAUUUACUUCGAUGUUGGGGUUGUUCACAAGCAGUUCUCGCUUUCGUUGUUUGAGAAUCCGCGUGAUUGUACGGCCGUUGAUCCUGAUGAUCAUCACGAUGAUGAUAAUGAUCACGGUGCUAAGGUUGGAUAAUAACAUGAGUCUUGGGUCUGAAGGUCGAUUGGGAGACAAACUAAAUGCGGUUUUGUAGAUGUCGAAGGCUGAGGAAUUAUUCAUGAUCCUGUGGAUUACCUAAACAGACUGCUGGAGUCACUUUGGCAGCAGUUAUAUGCUUCCUAUGUGUGUGCUUGUUUGCUUUGUUGUACAGACCUUUUGGCCCAAAGUUCUAUCCUUGCCGGCUAAAAGUACUACAAUUUUGCUAAACGAAGAGGAAACAUUAUAAGGUAAUGUAAAUAGGGAUGAGGUUUCAAUGGGGUAAAAUUGGCUGGGCCUAGUUCUGGCUAUAAAAGAGUCACUAGAAAUCAGUAUUGUCUGUUGUUAUUUGUUCUCAUAGCAUGUGCAUAUAAAUGGAAGAAUUUGGCAAUGUCUUUGUAUUUUCACUUUUUUGAUCUUGUUAAAUGAUUUUGGUGAUAAAAGAAGCUAUAAAUAUUGUCAUGUUUCAAUGCA